AUGGAUUGCGAAGAAUCACGGAUGGCGAACCCUCAACAUCGUGGCUCCGCCCUGGAGACAGCAGAGGGUCUCUGGGAAGUGGUUCUGCUGGACAACUUUGAAUUUUACGACGGCAUGGGGACCUACCACUUCCAGCUGAUGGUGGACGAGGCCUCUGGCUACUCCGUGCUCAACUACCUCUUCAAGCAUCCCAUCCAGGAAAGGCGCAACCCAUCUACGGCUGAGAUCCUUCAUGGAAUCCUGAGGUCGUGGGAAGGUGGACAUCGUGGCCGAGAUCUGGAGGAUGGGGCGGCACGCAUGGCGUUGAAUUUGAGUUCGUUCCUGCCGAAACCCAUGGACAGAUUGGCAAGGCAGAUCGACUUCAUGAUGGUCCUGAUCUACCUUUAUGAUCCUUUUUGGAGCUCCUUGAGCACCGCCGAGAAGUUCCAGAAGAUCGUUGGUAUGGUAUGCGAGAAAAGGAUCCUUGGCCUUGAGACAAAGGUGGCCUAUGAGGGCCAAGAGUUCCACGACAUCUUGGCUACACCCUGGACUUUCACUGAUGUGACCAGCGUGUUGGACAAGGGCACCUACGAUGAUCUGGUGGAACUACCCCAUCUCCAACGAGGCCGACCUCAUGACGCUCCCCCAGUCCUGGGCGUGGUGGACAAACGAAGAGAUCAAGUUCGACUCCGAGACCCCGCUGCACCACCUACAAGAGCCAAACCUGAGGAAGUGGUGAUGAAUGACAGACCUCCAAGUGAGCCGUAUGAACCACCCAUUGCGGAGGAGUUCAUGCCCCAUGGCGAUCAAGACCUACCUCCGGCUCCAGGCAAUCAUGACUUGGAAGGCCCUGAAGAAAUGGACCUCGAACGUUUGCUGGAAGAUCCACGCUACAUGCCUCGCAUGGAGCCUGGGCCACCUACCAGCCCAUUGUUCGAGCAUGAACCCUUCCAACGCGCACGGGCACGACAUGAACGUGAUGAAGCUCAGAGAAUGAAGGACAUGCUGAAUCGAGGCAAUGCCGAUGCUGCAAUGUGGGUACCGGAGGAAACCUUUGAGGAGAACCUGAUCUAUGCCAUCACGCUCCCUAUGCCUGAGACCGCAUCCCAAUGGAAGGCCAUCGCUAAGUUUCGCCGCAGCCGACAGCCAGGGAACCCUUUUUCCAUAGGCCUAAACAUAGGCCAACGCGCUACUGUGCCACAGGCCUUUACAUAA